ACGUGCUUUCGGAGGACCAAUCGAAUAGUCUCGCCCCAGACCAGUCCCAACAUCUUACAGCUCAUAUUCAAAAUCUUUCCAACGUCCCUGUGCUGCUACCGGCUCGGCGAGACUCCCAGUACCGACCGAAAGUAACGUAAACAAAUCCUGAGCACCGGUGGCAGUACAAGCAAUUUAAGAUGCACUCCCUAUUCGCUCUCCUUCUCAGUGUGUGCAUCUCCGGUUUAGAAGAAAACACGUUUUCCACCCGAUUCGAUUUACCAACAAACCAUUCCCGGUGGUUCUCUCUCUCUCUAUCUGUGAGCUCUGCUGCUGCUGGCCCCGUAUUGCUAAUGCACAUAAACACACGACAGUGUGGUACCACAACAUUAUAAAUAUGAUUAUGAGAUCUAUGAAAACCGAGCGACGCGAGAGAGAGAGAGAAAGAGAGAAAGAUCCGAGAACGAAAUGCUAUAACAAGUUGAAUAGCCCCUUCAUAAGUACUAUUCAACGUAGCUACAUACAUAUAGCCGGAACAGUUAUUAACAUGUCUCUCACGUUCACUUUGACGCAUGUACCAGUUCAGUCUGACUGUGUGUCGAGUUUUUCAGCCAUUUUCAUUUUGACUGGCAAACUGGUUAGAAGUGAUUUUCCCGCUGUCCGGCCGUGGUGUUGUCGUCGGAUGAGAGUGGAGCAUUGGCACUUUAUUAGUUUGAAUACAUUUGAUUGCAUUGAAGAAGUGGAAGUCGAUCAAAAUGAGCGACAAAGAUUCGCUGGAACCGGAAGGCAUCGAAAUCGAACCGAUGGACGAGUACGACUGUCUGGAGCUAGAGAAGACGAUCAUAAACGAGUGGGGAAUGCAAAGGAGUUCAUUGAACAGAAUGAUUUAUUGUGGCAUCACGGCGCGAUGUCUGGAGGUGAUACAAGACGCUGAGAUAAAUGAACUGUUUAACGACGCUCGGAUGCUGGGUCAGAAGAUUGUCUUCAAGCACAAAGUGAAAGAGCUACAGGCGAGUGCACUGCUGCAAAUCGUAGGUGCUCGUAAAAGGCGUCAUUGUUCGUCGGAGCUGAGUUUUAGCAACAAGCUCGAUGAGCAACAGCCGCCCGCUCGUCAUCAAGAUCUGUUGCACCAGCAGCCGCAUCAAGUGCUGAAAAAGAUAAAACUGGAAGACAGUGAUGAUCCACUAGCGGAGACAUCACUUCUCGAGCCGGAACAAUCACUGGAAGCCUCGGAUCAAGCCAUUCCGUUGCAUGACCUUUCAUUCGAGGAUGCAAUGGCAAUCAAGGCAACCACUGCCAAUGCUUUGGCGGGUAACCUCCCGAUUCGCAUUUCGGUGGACGGCCUGCGACAGCUACUCCAAGCCAGCCGCCAAGGCCAGUGGGUUCUGUCCUACUACGGUACCUACCAAUCGAUGAAUCGAAAAAUUCAAGCCGCUCUCACCCACUGCAUUGUGGAGCAAUUCCUGGUGUACAACAUAAUGUUUUCCCACCGGUUGAUGCGUCACUACGCGCACGUCAUCACGCUAUUGUUCCCCACCGAGGUGGCCGAGGUUUACUACAAGCCGGCACAGACGCUCGGUUGGAAGCGGACUUGUGCUUCCGGGAAGCUCAUGGAUCGAUGGGCGAAUCAGAGGAUGCGACAUAAGGAUCGCUACCCGCAGCAGCGGCCCAGGAUACUGGACGAUACCUCCGAUCAGAGGACCUUUGCCCAAAUGUCGCUGGUGGUGGGACUGACCAAUGGUGGCUUGUGAGUGGAUCGGACCUCGCUGCUGCCGGGGGGCGAUGAGAAUGCAUUUGAGAUUUGUAGCGAACUAGUCAGGUGUGAGAUUGGGAAUUAAGAUGAAUAAAUGAGAUUUUGGAUUCGUGUAUUGUACUAAGUAUUUGUUUGCAAUUACAGUUGUAUGCUGCUAAUCCGAAGGUAAUUCCUAUUCGAGUCUAGUGGAUCGAUAGUACCGUUCUGUUUCGAUUUUGAUGUAUAGCAGGGUUUAAACUGAAUUUUG